AUGGAAAAGGUUCAAGACUAUAAUUAUCCUAUGUGGGUGCAAUUUCCAAACCUGCGGCUGAAUCUUUGGAGUCCUACUGGGAUUAGUAAAAUCGCUAGUCUCAUAGGCAAUCCUAUAACCACAGACAAGCUCACUGCAACAAGGAAAAGAUUAUCUUAUGCUAGAGUGUUAUUAGAAGUGAAAUUGCCUCUUAAAUCUCCCCUCCCUGAUCAGCUUGUUAUUCAAGGGCCUGAUGGAAAGAGCUACACACAAAAGGUGAUUUAUGAGUUUAAACCAAAGUGGUGUGAUACCUGUAAAAUUAUUGGUCACCUUACUGAGCAUUGUAGAAGGAAAAAUGGGAAAAUGAGAUGGAUGCCUGUUCAUAGAGAAAAAAAUAUAGAGAAAGCUCCAGUGCCAAAUACUGCUGAUGGAGUUGCUAAAACAGUUCCUAAUAUUGAAAUAAUUGAAGAUGAAAUUUCUGGAGUAAAUUUUGAUUCACAUGAGCAGAAUAUUACUGUUGACACUGGGGGAUUUGGAAUGAAUCAUGGAAAUCAAGCUAUUGCUGAAUCUUCUUCUGGUGCACGUGCACAGAAGAAAUCUGUUGGAAAUUCUGGCUCUGGUAUACAAAUCUCCAGAAUUAUCAGUUCACCCACUGUCCAGCACUUCUCUUCUCCUGCUGUUAAUACUACUGGUUUUACCAGUGUUACAAAGGAGAAAUCUGCAAAAAGAAAUAGUGGGAAAGUCAAUAAUCAGGGUUUAUCUCAGCUGCUAAGAUCUUCAAAUCAAUUUAUGACAUGUGCUGUUGAGUCAAAAGACUAUAGAUUAUCAUGUAUAUUCACUGUGGUGUAUGCUCUCAAUGACAAUUCUGGAAGGAAAUCUCUUUGGCAUGACAUUUUGGCAUUUAAACAAAAUGUUUCCUGUCCUUGGAUCAUUGGAGGAGAUUUCAAUACUAUUAUUGAUAACAAUGAGAAAAUUGGUGGAUCUUUAGUUACUGAUACAGAUACUGAGGAUUUCCAGAAUUUCAUCUCUUCCUGUCAACUUAUGCAUCUCAAGACUACUGGAUGUUUUUUCACUUGGUGCAAUAAACAGGAUAUUGACACAAGAAUAUGGUGUAGACUUGACAGAGUUCUAGUUAAUGAAGACUGGAUUCAAAAGUAUAACUCAAGCCAAGUUGAGUUCUUGACUCCUAACUGCUCUGAUCACUCACCUGGUUUAAUCACAAUUGAAGAUGAUCAUAUUGGAGGUAAAAGGCCUUUCAAGUUUUUCAAGAUGUGGAUUAGUCAUCCUGAUUUCCUCUCAACAGUCAGUUCAGGUUAG